GUUACCAAGAACCCUCUAUUUUGUUAGCAUAGCCGCUAGCUUACUACCCGGUGUUCUCCUGGCGCUACUUCUGACUCGCCGAUCAACAUGGUACAACUCGUGGGUUCUCUUCGAAAAGAGGUCGCCGAGUCCUUGUCCACCUGUCGGGUAUUGGUGGUUGGGGCGGGAGGCAUCGGUUGUGAACUGUUGAAGAACCUCGUCCUCACUGGCUUCAAGAACAUUGAAGUGAUUGAUUUGGACAUUAUUGAUGUCAGCAACCUCAAUCGGCAGUUCUUGUUUCAGAAGAAGCAUGUUGGCAAGUCUAAAGCACAGGUGGCCAAAGAGAGCGUACUUCAGUUUUGUCCAACAGCAAACAUUACUGCCUACCAUGACAGUAUCAUGAACCCUGAUUACAACGUGGAGUUUUUCCGGAACUUCAUGCUGGUGAUGAACGCUUUGGACAACCGAGCUGCCCGUAACCAUGUGAACAGGAUGUGUUUGGCGGCUGACAUUCCUCUGAUUGAGAGCGGCACUGCGGGCUACCUUGGCCAGGUCACAGUCAUCAAGAAGGGACUCACUGAGUGCUACGAGUGCCAGCCGAAACCCACCCAGAAGACUUUCCCUGGCUGCACCAUUAGAAACACUCCUUCGGAGCCCAUCCAUUGCAUUGUCUGGGCCAAGUACCUCUUCAAUCAGCUCUUCGGAGAGGAGGACGCCGACCAGGAAGUGUCUCCGGACACGGCCGACCCCGAGGCGUCAUGGAACCCUGCGGAGACGGAGGCCCGGGCCAUGGCCUCGGAGACGGACGGGGACAUCAAGCGCGUCUCCACCAAGGAGUGGGCUCGCUCCACGGGCUACGACCCCGCCAAACUCUUCAACAAGCUCUUUAAAGAUGACAUCAUGUACCUGCUGACCAUGGACAAGUUAUGGAAGAAGAGGAAAGCCCCCCUCCCCCUGGACUGGCAUCAGCUGGAAAGCCAAGGGCGCCCCCAGGGGGAGGUCAAGGCCGUGGGUCUGAAGGACCAGCAGGUGCUGGGCGUGUGGGGCUACUGCCAGCUGUUCCAGCACAGCAUUGAGACCCUGCGCUCGGAGCUGCAGGAGAAGGGAGACGGAGCCGAGCUGGUCUGGGACAAGGACGACGCCCCGGCCCUGGACUUCGUCACGGCGGCAGCCAACCUGCGAAUGCACAUCUUCAGCAUGACCAUGAAGAGCCGCUUCGACAUCAAGUCGAUGGCAGGUAACAUCAUCCCGGCCAUAGCCACCACCAACGCCAUCAUCGCCGGCCUCAUCGUCAUGGAGGGUCUCAAGGUGGUCUCCGGGGAGCUGGAGUCCUGCCGCACGAUCUUCCUCAACAAACAUCCCAACCUGCGGAAGAAGCUUCUGGUCCCGUGCAUCCUGGACCCGCCCUGCGCCAACUGUUACGUCUGCGCCAGCCGGCCGGAGGUCACCGUCAAACUCAACGUCCUCAAAACCACCGUCCUCGCCCUGCAAGACAGGAUUCUCAAGGAGAGGUUUGGGAUGGUGGCUCCAGACGUUAACAUAGAAGACGGCAAAGGAACCAUCCUUAUCUCCUCAGAGGAGGGAGAGACUGAUGCCAACAACGGCAAGUUUCUGUCUGACUUUGGCAUCCGCAACGGCAGCCGCCUGCAAUCGGACGACUUCCUCCAGGACUACACGCUCCUCAUCAACGUCCUGCAUGCCGAGGACCUAGAGAAGGAUGUUGAGUUCGAAGUGGUGGGCGACGCCCCGGAUAAAGCUCCGCCUCCGCCCAGUAACCAGGAAGAUGCCAGCAGUAUCGCCAACGGCAACAAGGACUCCGCCCAGCCGUCCACCUCCAACGCUGCGGCAGAGGUCGACGACGUCAUGAUUGUUGAGUCUGAAGGGGAGGAGGAGGAAGAGGCAUCGUCGUCUAGCGCCGCUGCCGUGCCAACCAGUGGCACCAAGAGGAAGCACCUUGACGACGAGACCGGAGAGGCCUCUGUCAAGAGGCCGCGGACCAACCAGUCACACGAAGCAGCGGAUGCAGAGGAUGACGACGACGACGACGACAUCAUUGCUCUGGACUAGACUGUAUUUUUGAGCUCUUUUUCCACCACAAGAAUCUAAUUUCCAACGGACAAUUUCUGAAUCUUUUCUUUUAUUUGAGUCCCCCGCCAUGACGCGUGUAUUCAUUCUGUUCAAUCUCUCUUACAGUGGUUGUAUAUAAUCUAUGUACAAAAGAAGGAAAAAAACAACAAUUGCAAUACGCUACUCUUUUUUCUGUUUGUGCUGUAAUUCUUACUUUCUGGUCCCAGACUGAUGCAAUUUUGUUUUGUUUUGUAUUUUUAUAAACAUAGUUUUUCUCAUGCUACAUAAGUCACACUGUUUCCUGUGCUAUGGUAAGGUACACAAAUAAAAUUCUCAACAUAUC